UGGUAUGGUCUCUUAAGAAAAGAGAAAUGCAUACGUGAAUUUAGUUUGGUGCCCCUGGUCCAAACUCCGAACCCAGGGCGGCGCGACGAACCACUCCAAACCACCUCCACCUAUGGCUAUGGACGCCCCCCGUUGGACGGAGGAGGUGGACGACCUGGUUGACGCCGGCGAUGUCCACGGAGCCAUCUCCCUCCUCGAGUCCGUCGUCUCCAACCUCUCCACGGCCUCCUCCGCUCCUUCGUCGGGCGGCCACCUUCGCCUCGCCGCGGCGCUUGGCGACCUCGCCGGACUCCACGCCUCCCGCGGCAACACUCUCCGCGCGGACGAGCUCCGCGCCCGCGCCAUCGUCCUCCGAUCCCGCGCCGCAGCCCCCGGGGCAUUAGGGGAUCAUGAGCCGGCAGAGAAAUCUUUAUCACAAGAGAGUGCCAUGGUUUCGAGGGAUUCUGAAGUAUCAGCUAGUUUGGAUGAGAAGAAUGACGAUGAUGAGGAUGAUUGGGAGGCUAUUGCAGAUCGUGGUGCACAUGAUGAGACGCUAGUGCCCUCCCUGGAGCAAGAAGCAAAGGUGUCUUCAUGUAGCUCUUUGGAGAAAAGUAGCACCCCAUCUUCAGGACCCAAAAGGAAGGGGAGGGGUUCAUUUCUUUACGAUAAGAGUGUUCUGUACAGUGACCAGUGUGGUUUGGAAAGAGAUUUGGAUGAGAAGGAGUCUACUCAGAGUGGACCAAAGGGCCACGCGAAUGAGCGAGCUGGCACAGUUGCAACACAGUUUGGGACAAGGCAUGCCCUUGUUCUUUAUGACUUUUCACCAAGCACACGCACAACUGAUUUGGAAAGGAUUUUUGAGAAGUUUGGGGACCACGGAGUUGCCAUUCGCUGGGUUAAUGAUACUUCUGCGCUUGCAGUCUUUCGGACCCCAUCAGCUGCUAAUGAGGCUCAAGCUUGCAUACCUCCAAGAUACAAAGUGCGGCCAUUGAAGGAUGAUGAUGAUCUAUUGACAAAAAUAGAUGGAGGAGACCUAGAACCGCCCAAGCCAAGGCCAAAGACAUCUGCAAGAACAGCUCAAAGGCUAAUUGCUCACGGGAUGGGUUUAAGGCAGUUUACAAACUUUGGCUCGGAUGAGCUGAAGAAACAAGAGGAAGAGAGAAGGAACCGAAUCAUGGCUCGACAAGCUAUGCGUGAUGAGGCUUGGGGUUCAGAUUGAUCCAGAGUUUGUCAUCACGUCUGCGAGUUUGUUACACGGGUGUUUAUACGCUUUUACUCUUUACCUGGAUUUUUUUUUGUUGGUUCCGAGAAAUCUGAGACCUUAUAGUAGCAAGAGUGGCAUCAAGUGAUGGAGAUGGCAAUCAUGUUGAGCACAAUGGUGUAUUGGGAUGCUGACGGUGGUUUCAGUUAAUAGAUAGAUAUCUGUACAACUGCGACGGAUGCUUUCCAGACUGUCAAGUCCACGAGUGUGUCGUGUGUGUGUGUGUGUGUGUACCUCUUCCUGCCUCAACAAUCUUGGCCUGCCUUGUGUGU